GUUACUCGAAGACGAUUAUGGGACGUCAUGUGGACUAACAGACUGUGGACCUCAUGCGUAGACUCCGCAAUGCGAGCGAUGGAUCCAGCGAGGCUCUGGCUUGGUGUUGUUGGGAACAUGUGAACGGUCCUAUUUAGAAGCUUGAGUUACCCUUGGUGUUGUCUGGUCUCUGUCCCUUGUUCCUGCUAUCCUCGCUCAGUUUCGCCCAACGUCACGAUAGUUGAGGCACUCACCUGACUGCAACAAUGUCAAACGGAAUCCUGAGAACGUCCGGCUCCAGCAUUGUCGAUGCUGAGGGCAAGCCCGUCCUCCUUCGCGGCACGGCCCUCGGUGGCUGGAUGCUCAUGGAGAACUUCAUGAACGGCUUUCCCGGCCGUGAACACCAGAUUCGAGCCGCUUUGUUGAAGGUGCUAGGCAAGGAGAAGUGUGACUUCUUCUUCGACAAGUUCCUUGAAUACUUCUUCACCGAGAAGGACGCCGAGUUUCUUGCCUCAAUUGGAUUCAACUGCAUCCGCUUGUCCUUCAACUACCACCAUUUCGAAGAUGACAUGAAUCCCUUCGUGAUCAAGGAGGAGGGCUUCAAGCAUCUUGAUCGCGCAAUUGGGAUUUGCGCUAAGUACAACAUUUACACAAUUCUUGACCUCCACUCUGCCCCUGGCGGUCAAAACCAGGACUGGCACUCCGACAACCCGACCGGCUACGCCGCGUUCUGGGACCACAAGCAUUUUCAAGACAGAGUCAUCAACCUGUGGCAGGUGAUCGCGAAGCGAUACAAGGGAGACCCGUGGAUUGCAGGAUACAACCCCCUCAACGAACCCGCCGAUGUCGAGUGGACACGUCUGCUCGCCUUCUACGACCGCAUCGUCCCCGCCAUCCGCGAGAUUGAUCCCGAACACAUUCUCUGGCUCGAGGGCAACACUUUCAGCAUGGACUUCUCCGGCUUCACAAAGGUGUUUGAUAACUCUGUGUACGCUGUGCACGAUUACUGUGGAUUUGGCUUCCCGAACCGCAUUGGCAGGUAUCAAGGCUUGCAAGAUCAGGAUGCCUAUAUUCGCCAGAUGUACGACCGUAAGGUUGCAUUCAUGAAGGGGCACAAUGUGCCGAUCUGGAACGGUGAAUUCGGUCCGAUUUACGAACGGAAGGAGUAUAAUCCGGAUUACGAAGAGCACAACGAGGAACGGUACAAGAUGCUCGACAAGCAAAUGGCCAUCUAUACCGACGAAGGCAUUGCAUGGAGUAUCUGGGCCUACAAGGAUGUCAACGUCAUGGGCAUGACCUACCUAUCCCCCGACUCCGCCUGGCUGAAGCUCCUCGGCCCCAUUAUCCGCAAGAAGCGCGACCUCGCCGUCGACAGCUGGGCCUACGACGACGCACAUCUCCAACCCAACCUCUUCGGCCCCCUGCACAAGUGGUUCGAAGACAAUGUCCCCGCAGAAUACAAUAAGAAGUACCCGUGGCAGUGGCGCAUGCACAUGCACGUGUUCCGCGGAAUCCGCGGCAUCACCAUGACUGAGUACAUGAUUCCUGAAUGGGCCAACUACUUCAAGGACAAGACAUUUGAGGAGCUUGAUGAGCUUGCUGCCAGCUGGAAGUACGAGAACUGCGUUCAGCGCGAGAGGUUGAAUGAGCUGUUGAGUCUCUAUGCCCCCAUGGCGCCUGGAGACAAGAGGUUGGAGGGUAAGGUGAUUCCCUCAGAGGUUGAGAAGGAAUCAGGAAAGCUCAAAGAGACGGUGUCUGGAGUUGGCGUUUUUGAGCUGGCGCCGGAUGAAAAGAAGAAGAGUUUAGCUCAGGCUACUGCAACUCCCGUUGCUGUUGCCUCAUGAUCACGAUGCCUUCACAAACCCUGAAUUUAUAGGGAUGGGGGUGUCUGGAUUGCAUAAACUGGCGUUAUUUGAUAUCAUCAAUAGAGAUUAACAUGGCUUCUUCACUUUCAUUCAAUUCAUACUUGAUGUCUCUCAUAUUGAAUUCAAUGG